UUGGCUUCUUUUAGAACAAAUUUUUCACCGGACCCAUUCCUUCAUUUUCAUUUCCUCUUUCAGCUCCGGCAUACGAUAAUUGCUAGCUGCGGCGCCUAGAAUCCUCUCCUCCGCCGCCUGACGACUUCGUUCGAAGUCCCAACUUUCACGAACAAUGGCGACUGUUAUGCAGAAAAUCAAGGACAUCGAAGAUGAGAUGGCAAGAACCCAGAAAAAUAAAGCAACAGCCCAUCACCUGGGAUUGUUGAAGGCGAAACUUGCAAAACUUCGAAGGGAAAUUCUCACACCAGCAUCUAAAGGAGGUGGUGGUGCUGGGGAAGGCUUUGAUGUUACAAAAAGUGGUGAUUCAAGAGUUGGCCUUGUGGGUUUCCCUUCAGUCGGGAAAUCAACACUCUUGAACAAAUUAACUGGAACUUUUUCAGAGUUUGUGGUUGAUCUUCUUGCUUUACCGAGGAACUUGAACGAAGAAUCAUUUGUAGCGUCAUACGAAUUCACUACUUUAACUUGCAUUCCUGGUGUGAUCACAUAUCGGGGUGCUAAAAUUCAGUUGCUGGAUCUUCCUGGUAUUAUUGAGGGUGCCAAAGAUGGCAAGGGUAGAGGAAGACAGGUUAUAAGUACAGCUCGAACAUGCAACUGCAUCUUGAUUGUUCUGGAUGCCAUAAAGCCAAUUACCCAUAAACGUCUAAUAGAGAAAGAGCUAGAGGGGUUUGGUAUAAGGCUAAACAAGGAACCACCAAAUCUAACAUUCAGGAGGAAAGACAAAGGAGGACUCAAUCUUACAUCUACAGUGACAAAUACGCAUCUUGACCUCGAGACAGUGAAGGCAAUUUGCGGCGAGUAUCGUAUUCACAAUGCAGAUAUCAGUCUUAGAUAUGACGCAACAGCUGAUGACCUCAUAGAUGUCAUCGAGGGCAGUAGGUAUCUCGAUUUAACUCGCAUAUACACAAAGCCUAAGGGGAUGAAUCCAGACUAUGAAGAUCCUGUUAUAUUGUCAUCCAAGAAAAGAACAGUUGAGGACUUCUGCAAUAGAAUCCACAAGGACAUGCUUAAACAUGCACUGGUUUGGGGCUCUAGCGUGAAACACAAACCCCAGAGGGUCGGAAGGGAGCACGAACUGGAAGAUGAAGAUGUUGUCCAAAUCAUCAAAAAGGUGUGAUUACAUAACUUUCGAUCUACAAAAUCCCCUGCUUUUGAUGCAUGUGGUUCGAGUUUUUACCUGCAGUGAAUCUCAGAAGAUUUAUCUGAAGUGUAAUUUUUGUUUGCCGAGUUACGUGCAUGACUGCUGGAAAUGUGUACAAUGGAUGUCGCUAGAAUGCGUGUUUUAGGUGUUUUGGAGUGUUCGAGUUAUUUCCCUACUUUCUCAAUCGGUAAUUAUGGGUCUUUCACCUUUUUACCACGUUGAGUUUAAACAUUGGUGGAUUAAAAUUAUCGUAUGGUAAUUCGUAAGUAGAGGUACGGUUGGUAAUAACUUGAGAAAUUUGGUUCUAUAUGAAGGCAAACUUAAGCGCACGCUACAACUAUUUCCUUGCGAAAUGAUUUAGUUGUUGACUUCAUGGUUUGAUAAUUUUUACGAGAGAUUUUGUUUGUUAUGUGUUGUGUCCUAAGUACAAAUUGUGUACCUAUGUACACUAUGUUUGAUAUGGAAGAACAUGUGUCAAUGCAUUAAUUCAUAUA